UCUUCUCUUCCAACUUCCAAGCUCGGCAGACUGCAACUCCCACCGCCAUCGCCACGGCAAUCGAAAUGAACCCAAAUUGCAACUUCUUCGCCACUUUCAGAGCCAGAUAGGGAGGAAGGGUCCUCUCCUUCUCUCUCUCUCUCUCUUUAAGCCAAUGAAGAGGCUCAGCAAAAAUGUCGGCGACACUGACGAGCCCUCGAAGCAAUCCGACCCUGAUGCUCUGGUCGUCCCGAGAGAUCCGGACAAGAAACCCGGGUUCAGCCCAAUGCGGGUCAUGGGUGUGGUCCUCGCUUGCUUGAUGGUCAUGUCGGUUGUGUUUUCUGUGUCGGUGGUGCUCAGAGACCCGCCCGCGAAUGGUGUUCCUGCAGAAGGAAGAGUUCAUGAAGAUACAGCCCCCAAAGAUGAAGUUGCCUCUGAGACUGUGGGGGAGCAAAAGAAUGAACUGCUGGGUGGAUUGCUUGCUGCUGGGUUUGAUGAAGGAUCUUGUCUCAGUCGAUACCAAUCAGUUUUAUUCCGCAAGGAGUCAAAGCAGAAACCUUCUUCUUAUCUCAUCUCUAGAUUACGAGGCUAUGAAGCUCUCCAUAAGCGAUGCGGACCUCAUUCCGAGUCUUACAAGAGAACCUUGGAAAGGCUCAAAUCUGGCCAUUCCAUGGGAAUCUCAGACUGUAACUAUGUUGUAUGGAUUUCCUUCAGUGGAUUAGGGAAUAGGAUAUUGACUCUAGCUUCAGCAUUUCUCUACGCGCUUCUCACGAACCGCGUUCUUCUCAUUGACCCUGGAGUUGAUAUGACCGAUCUCUUCUGUGAGCCGUUCCCAGAGGUUUCAUGGUUUCUUCCUUCAGAUUUUCCCCUUAAAGACCAAUUCAGUGGCUUCAAUCAAAAGUCUCCACACUGUUACGGAAAGAUGGUAACCAGUAACUCCUUACGUAAGUUGGAGAUACCCUCUUUCACAUAUCUCCAUCUUGUCCACGACUACAAUGACCAUGAUAAGCUUUUCUUCUGUGAUGAUGACCAGUCUUUUCUCCAGAGCAUACCCUGGUUGAUCAUGAGGACAGACAAUUACUUUGUUCCAUCACUCUUCUUGAUCCCUUCGUUUGAGCAAGAAUUGGACAACCUCUUCCCAGAAAGGGAAAACGUUUUCCAUUUCCUGGGACAAUAUCUUUUCCACCCUACAAAUUCUGUAUGGGGACUCAUAAGUAGAUAUUAUCAAGCUUAUUUAGCUAAAGCAGAUGAAAGGAUAGGGAUCCAAAUCAGAGUCUUCGAUACUGGAGUUGGUCCAUUUCAGCAUGUUCUAGACCAGAUCCUAGCUUGUACCACGAGGGAGAAUCUGCUACCGAGGACAAUCGAGGAAGGAUCCCCAGAGGUUUCAUCCUUGAAUCAGAAAUCAAAAGCCGUGCUGGUGACAUCUUUAUCGUCUGGUUAUUUUGAGAGGAUAAGAGAUAUAUACUGGCAUUACCCGACGACCACAGGAGAGGCAGUUAGUAUUGUGCAGCCGAGUCAUGAAGAAUAUCAGCAAACCGAGAAGGAAAUGCACAAUAGGAAGGCAUGGGCGGAGAUGUACUUGUUGAGUUUGACCGAUGUGCUGAUCACGAGCUCUUGGUCAACUUUCGGUUAUGUAGCUCAAGGUCUUGGAGGUUUGAAGCCAUGGAUCCUCUACAAGCCUGAGAAUCGAACAGCUCCUGACCCACCCUGCCGCAGAGCAAUGUCCAUGGAGCCUUGUUUUCACGCGCCUCCAUAUUAUGACUGCAAAGCUAGGCGAGGGGUCGACACUGGCAAGCUGGUACCCCAUGUGAGGCAUUGUGAGGACAUGAGCUGGGGCCUUAAGCUCGUCGAUCCUCAUGAUAAUUGACAGACGCGUUCUUGCAUUUUAAGUGGAUUCAAUGCAGUAGUACUCACUGUUGUAAUUGCAGAUGUUCCUGGGAAGCAGCAAUACUUUCAUGUGGUACUAGUCCUUCAAAGCGGCACUCACCGUGUCUGAGCGAAGGUUCUUGAAAGAGCGUUUCAUGAGCUUGGUAAAUGAGUCUGGAACAUGAUCCUCAGUUUGAAGUUUUAUCAAGUGAUCUCUGGAAGACUUCUGUUUGCUAGCAAAGCAGUUCGUUAACAACUCUUUCCGAAUACAUGAAUUGAGAAAGGUGGCAACUGCAAUUGAAAGAGAGGUUUUUACAAAGGAGAAGUGGUUCUUAAAGAGUUUCAACUGAGAUGAAUGUGGGAAUUUAGUCGAAUUCAGCUACAUUUUUUCGAGUAGUGUAAGUUUAUAUGUCAUCCUAUAGAUUAAUCAUUUCCAAGAACCUGUACGGAUGUACACCACCUUUAAAUGUCGAAUGUCCCAUGUCCGAAUUUGGUU